AUGUACAGCAUGAUGAUGGAGAGCGAGUUACAGUCCCCGGGACACCAGAUCAAUGCCCCGGCGGCCGGGACCCCCGUGCCCACCCCGGGCGCUAACGGGAAGCUGAGCGGCGAGCGGGUCAAGCGGCCCAUGAACGCCUUCAUGGUGUGGUCCCGGGGGCAGCGCCGCAAGAUGGCCCAAGAGAACCCCAAGAUGCACAACUCGGAGAUCAGCAAGCGGCUGGGGGCCGAGUGGAAGCUCAUGUCCGAGGCUGAGAAGCGACCCUUCAUCGAUGAAGCCAAGAGACUGCGGGCUCUGCACAUGAAGGAGCAUCCGGAUUAUAAAUACCGGCCCCGCCGCAAGACCAAAACCCUGCUCAAGAAGGACAAAUACUCGCUCCCCGCCGCUCUGCUGCCCCCGGGACCCGGAGCGCUCAGCUCCCCGGCCGGAUUAAGCCAGAGGCUGGACGGGGCCGGCGCCUAUACUCACAUGAACGGCUGGGCGAACGGCGCUUACCCGGGCUCGGCGGCGGCGGCGGCGGCAGCGGCGGCGGUGAUGAUGCAGGACCAGCUGGCGUACAGCCAGCACCCGGCGCUGGCGGCGGCGGGGGGAGCGGCGGGCGGCGGAGGGAACGGCGCCGGCGGCGGGGGAGCCGGCGGCGGGGCGAGCGGCCAUCACCACCAUCAGCACCCACAGCCGCUCCACCGCUACGACAUGUCCCUGCAGUACAGCCCCAUCCCCGGAACGCAAGGCUACAUGAGCGGCUCCCCCUCCUACAGCAGCCUCUCCACCGGCUACAGCCACCAAGGCCCCAGCGGCCUCUCGCUCGGCUCAAUGGUUAAAUCGGAACCGUCCCCCAGUCCGCCGGUCAGCUCGCACUCCCGGGGCCCCUGCUCCGGGGACCUGAGAGAGAUGAUCAGCAUGUAUUUACCGGCAGGAGGAGAAGCAGGGGACCCGUCCCAGAACAGACUGCUGCCUCUCGCACAACAUUACCAAAGUCCCAGCACAGCGGUGAACGGAACAAUCCCAUUAACUCAUAUGUGA